CGGAUGCUUCACAUUUAUACAUCCGGUGAAAUAUCUGUCUCAUUGUUCUAUCUGUGAUCUAUCGCAAUGGUUCAAGCACACAUCGCGCAACAUUUGACGUUGUGAAGUUUUCCACGACAAAGCGAGCGAGUGGUUUAUCAAGGAAGCAACUCCUCUGGUUGGAGACGUGGCUCUGCCUAGCUGCCAUAUUGAAGCAACCCACGGUGAAGCACUACUAGCAACAAACAGCUUAGCUAGCUAUCCAACUAUAUUUUCGUUCUAAAGGCGCUUUAGAUAUACUGGAACUCGACUGAGCAAACACCAUCGGAGAUUGAAGAUCGUUUUCCUAAAUAGAGACCAAAAAUGGUGCUUUUGGCAGCGGCGGUGUGCACCAAGGCAGGCAAAGCCAUCGUGUCACGGCAGUUUGUGGAGAUGACCCGGACGCGUGUUGAGGGCCUCCUGGCUGCCUUCCCCAAGCUCAUGGGCUUGGGCAAGCAGCACACGUUUGUGGAGACGGAGAGCGUGCGCUACGUCUACCAGCCCUUGGAGAAGCUCUACAUGGUGCUGAUCACCACCAAGAACAGUAACAUCCUGGAAGACCUGGAGACACUACGGCUCUUCUCACGUGUGAUCCCAGAGUACUGCCGUGUGCUGGAGGAAGGGGAGAUCUCAGACCACUGUUUCGACCUGAUAUUCGCCUUCGACGAAAUCGUGGCCCUGGGCUACAGGGAGAACGUCAACCUGGCCCAGAUCCGCACCUUCACUGAGAUGGACUCUCACGAGGAGAAGGUGUUCCGGGCAGUCAGAGAGACCCAGGAGCGAGAGGCCAAGGCAGAGAUGCGGCGAAAGGCCAAAGAGCUGCAGCAGAUCAGGCGAGACGCAGAGCGCUCGGGGAAGAAGGUGCCGGCCUUCGGCGGCUUCGGCAGCGCCGGGAUGAGCAGCAUGUCCUCAGGGUCCAUCAUCAUAGACACCAUCAUCGAACCCGAGAAACCCAAGAUGGCUCCCGUCCCAGUCAGGCCGACCGGAUCCAGCAAAGCCCUCAAGCUCGGCGCCAGGGGGAAAGAGGUGGACAACUUUGUGGACAAGCUCAGGGGAGAGGGGGAAACCAUCACGUCCAACACAGGGAAAAGGCCUUCGCUUGCAUCCAAUGUCCUACCACCACCAGUUAAUGUGGAGAGUGUCCACAUGAGAGUUGAGGAGAAGAUCAGCCUGACCUGUGGACGUGACGGCGGUCUACAGAACAUGGAGCUCCUGGGCAUGAUCACCCUGAGAGUGACUGAUGACAAGGUCGGCCGCAUCCGUUUGAUGGUCAACAACUACGACAAGAAGGGAGUACAACUGCAGACACAUCCCAACGUGGAUAAGAAGCUCUUCACUUCAGACUCUGUGAUUGGUCUGAAGAACCCAGAGAAGUCUUUCCCCCUCAACAACGAUGUGGGGGUACUGAAGUGGAGGCUCCAAAGCACAGACGAGGCCCUCAUACCUCUAACCAUAAACUGCUGGCCUUCAGAGAGUGCUACUGGCUGCGAUGUGAACAUUGAGUAUGAACUGCAGGAGGAGAGCCUUGAACUCAACGAUGUAGUUAUUGCUAUCCCAAUCCCGUCUGGAGUUGGGGCACCUGUGGUAGGAGAUGUGGACGGAGAGUAUAAGCACGACAGCAGACGGCACGUUCUAGAGUGGAUCCUACCCGUCAUAGAUGCCAAAAACAAAAGCGGCAGCCUGGAGUUCAGUGUCACCGGGCAACCCAACGACUUCUUCCCCGUCAACGUGUCCUUCGUGUCCAAACGCAAUUACUGCGACAUACAGGUUGCCAAAGUGACUCACGUAGAAGGAGACGCACCAGUAAAAUUCUCUUUAGAAACUUCGUUCCUCGUCGACAAAUACGAGAUCCUGUAAAAAAAAAUCUACGUCAAAGCUCCGGAGAAGAGAAAAUAAAUACUUGCCUGCACACCCGCCUGUGUAACAUUUGAGACUGUACACAUCAACAGGACUCAGCCCUUCAAAAGCCCUUCCUGCGGCGGAGCGCAUUAUUGGUGUAUUUAUGUUUUUAUGAGCGAGAAAAGGAUCUACAGUAUAUUUAGAGUUCAAUUUAACGAGCAGCGAAACAUGCUGUUAUUCGCCGAGGAGAGGCAGGAAGUCACAACACAAUGACUAAAGGGGAAGCAGAGGAGAGAGAUGGGUGGUGCUCUUGUUGAGGGGGGAACGGUACUAGCUACAGACAAGCAUCAAGGACGUGUUCACUAGGACACACAACAGAAAAUAUUUCACAAAGUUUUGGAACGGAAAACGAAAAAUGAUUUAUUUCUAAUUUGCGGAAAACUAAAAUUAGCUUUCUAAUUAUACAAGUCCAGGUAGUCCCUCCCUGAUUCAGUCAGUUUUCUUCCAUUUGGUGCAUAAUGAACAUGACCCUGUUGUGUUUGCUGAGGAGCUGGUCAGUAUUCAGCUGGUUCAUCUCCCUGCUUUUGAGGUUGAGUAAUUAAAAUCAUCCCCACCUCCAAAGAAUCAUGCAUCCUCUACCAGAGACAUUUGGUCUUUUAUACAUUGAACAAUAAACAUUGGACCAGAUUUUGAAGAAAGCAGGACUACCCAAGUGGUCUUUCAUGUUUAAAAAAAAAUAAUAACUGCAGGCUCACCAGAAAUCAGUUUUACCCACUAAAGGCAGGAUUCUUCAUUAGAUUGAUUCAUCUGAAUAUGUUGCUUGAGGUGUUGGCUGUGGUAUUGAGAAACCGUUAAGAUGGAAAAGAGAGCAUGAAACCAUGAAAAUAACAGCCAAUUCACAAGGCAAACCACUGCAUUUGUGGCUAUAGGAGUUCUUGAAAAGUAAUAAUUUAAAAGCUCCAUGGCAAGCUCACCGUUUACUGUUUACAAACGUAUCAGUUGUUGAAAAGGGAGAUCCGAUCAGUAUACUGUGGUCCAUAAUAGCUCUGUGUUCUUCCUUCUGUCAUCAAACCAACAUCAAUAGAGGGAAUACUGUGGUCCUAUUGCAAGGAGGAUUCUGCUGCCAGUGACACCAUCUCCCUCUGAUGACUCCAGUCAGUCAUUUACUCCCAUGACGAGCGAAUGCUCUUUAAAAUCCACUUCAUCAUAAGGACAACAUGUAGUGGUUUCAUAUGGUUUUGUUUCAAUGUUUUGUUUGUAUUCCCAGAAUUUUAAUGCUAAUGGAUUUUGAAGAUGGCUAGAUGGGACAUUUUAACUGUAAAGAAAUACAGAGGGGGAAUCACAACAUUCCAGUAUAAAAUGUGAAGAAAAAAGUAUAUAAUUGAUUAAAGUGUAUUAUUCAA